AUGUCAGCCUCCCACUUCGCCGUGAAGACGCACAUUUUCGAUGCCCAACACAUCCGGCACUAUCCAGGAGCGACGAGGCAUGGCGACAGCGAUAUCCAACGCCUCGAAGCGAAGCAAUACAUUCCUCUUGCAAACCAGAAUCCCCGGGAUGGCGAUGUCACAAUCAUCGGCCUGCACGCAACCAGCUUCCCCAAGGAGCUCUACGAACCGCUGUGGGAUGAUAUGCUUGCUCUUUCUGACUCCCACGGCUUUCGAAUUCGAUCAAUCUGGAUUGCAGACGCAAGCAACCAGAAUGCUAGCGGCGUGCUCAACGAGCAAACACUAGGAGACGAUCCAUCGUUUUCAGAUUACGCGCGAGAUAUUCUGCACAUGACGAACGUAUUCCGGGAACACAUGAUCCCGCCAAUCGUUGGUGUUGGCCAUUCGAUAGGUGGUGCGGCUCUUAUACGCCUCAGCUGCAUGCAUCCUCGACUGUUCUCAUCGCUGGUUCUACUUGACCCGAUUUUGGGCAUGGACACUAUGGCCACUGGCCAGCGUCUUAUCCCGAUGGCAGCUACAAAGCCAGAUUUGUUUCCUUCGCGCGAAGUGGCUCAGAAAGGAUUCAAGAAAGCGUUCAAGAACUGGGAUGAACGUGCUUUUCAAAGGUGGAUGGAGUUCGGACUGAGGGGUACUCCUACGUUACUCUGUCCUGAGCCGGGAAAAGUCACAUUGCGCACGACGAAAGCCAACGAAGCAUGGAGCUACGGCAGGACACAGCUUGAUGAGGGAAAUGAAGACGGAACCAAGAGCAAGACUGAUUGGAUUAAGUAUCCUGACGCCGACCCCGCCGGACGUCCCUUCUAUCGACCAGAGGGUCUCGAAGCCAUGGAGAUGCUACCUCGCAUUCGACCAGACGUGCUGUUUGUCUUCCCUCAGUAUACUGCCGCUUCUUCUCAGUCCCACGACCAGAAUGUUGCUCGGACGGGCAUAGCUAUUGGUGGCAGCGGAGGCGCAAAAGAAGGGAAAGUCGCCAAAGCACUUUUGAAGAAUGCUGGCCACUUGUGUCCUUUUGAGGUUCCUACAGCCUGUGCACAAGCUAUCACUGAAUGGCUUGGUCCUGAUCUGAAGGCUUGGAAGGAUCGAGUGGUGUAUGAGCGAGAACACCGCGAUGACAAGAGCAUCGAUGGCAUUCGACUGUCUGAACGCUUCAUCCGAGAAGCGAAACAAUUCUCGAAGACCGGAUCGCCAAGCAAGAAUGGCAAGCUAUAA